AGGAUCCUCUAUACGUAAGUAAUAACUAUAUAGAAGCAGCCAGUCGCUGGGCGGGUACUGGUGAACAUUAUGACCCGAAGUAAUUUCCCAGCCAAAUCGCGUCGGCGACCUAAGUUGGGACACCUUUUACGCAAGUAUACUACAAACCGGCCGUCUUAAUCUCUUACAACAUUAAUAUGGAGGUCACCCACGUCCGUUUGUGGGCCUAGGAACGUCGUUGGUGCUGUUAGCGUCAACAUGUCAACCCGAUUGCCGGCAUUUUCCACGCGUUCUGCCACAAAGUCGGCGCUCGCAGCCCAGAAGGCAGGCUCGGUCCACUGAUUAUACUUUCUACGUUUGGCUUUGGGAGUGAGGUUUGGAGGCGAUGGUUGCGGCUGUGGCUGUGCUUCUGGUGACUACUUGGAUGCAUGGAGAUGGCACUGCUAUGGUUCGCUUUCUAUUCGCUUUGGAGCUCGGUCCCCUCUUAGCCGUAUUUAACAACUAAACAAGCAUACCAGGCACCAAUGGGGAACGCGCUAACCGUAUUGGUGCAAGUUUGGCUGUCCAGUUGUUAAGUGUCCCAAAUCUUUGAAGCCGCGAUACAGGUGGCCCCGGGUAUUGUGAGACAGUGGGUAUUGUGAGACACUCGCGUUUAUGGCACCCUGGGUGCACAGAAUGCUUAGCCCUUUUAUAUAUAAGAAGUAAUGGUUAGACACAUGUUUCUUAUCUAAUUUGUUUCGAAGAAAAGUGUCGCGCGGUACCGGAGCAAUGCCGGCUUUGCCGACCGGAUUUGGACUCGCUGCCAUGUCAAAUUCGGCCUCGGCACUAAGCAUAGACUCUUCUUGUGGCCCCUUAUACAUCUUAUAAGCCAUACAGAGCCUUAGCAACGAUUUAUCGAUGCGUUUUGUGUAUAGCCGUGACUCUUUCGCCAGCAACGAGCAGCAAAUUGAUGCACGACCCGGACCGCCAGAGCCGGGAGAAAGCGUGCAUUGCAGAAGCAGGUUUCCUAUCACAUGUACUCCAUUUAUGUUGCAAAAAUGCAAGUCGGCGUCAGUGUAGGAGAAGAGUUGUGCACACCAUGAUGGCGAUGCGGAUCUCAGCUUGCGAUGCAGAGUUUGUGAGCACUGGCGAGUUUCUAGCUGUGCACAUGAGUGCUGUUGAUAUAUGACGUUAACAUGCCGCAAGGCAAUGAGUUCUAACCGCUUUUUAAGGCUGUUUAUGUGCUAAAAUCAGGUGUCUCAGAUUACCCCGGUUUUCGGGAAAUCAGCGCAUUGUGACCCUGCCCCGAAGAUUGUGAGUGUCAGUGUGAUAAACUUAAUUUUGCUGGCCGCGCUCACUACGCCGUACGAAGGACUCAUAGGGCUAGCCAAUGCCGCAAAUUGGACUUCGUUUCAUGCUUUCUAUCAAAAUUGCGAGCCUUGGAAGUGCAAAGGUGUCUCACUAUACCCGGGGCCACCUGUAUGCAUUUUUUGCCAAGUGCGCAAGUUUCGCUUUAUAAAUUACGCUACCAAUUCGCCAGUUACCUUUACCUCAUAAAAAUAAAAAGAUUUGCCAGCGGAAGUACAGCCAAAGGAGCUUUGUACGUGAUGGCAUUGGGCAAAAACAGUGACUGUCCGAAGUUUGGCACCACCCAGAAUUAGGCACUUUACGAGCUACAAGCUUCCAGGUGGGCGUUUCUGUAGAAGUUUAGGAAAGUAAACCUUUCUGCAUACGUUCUACCUGUAUUCUUACAACAUGUAUUGCAAGUCACUAAUAUAGUGGGGAGCAUUCCAUCAUCCUAGGCUCCACUAGCUUAUUAGUGGGCGAUAUGACUGUUUAUUUUACUCAGUGAAUGACCGUUACAAUGGUUCCCUAAAAGGGAACACGAAUACGCCAAUCUUACGCUCACUGUCUUUAAAUAGCGAUUAUGGCGAUUUUAUUACGCGAACCGUUCGUCUGCAAAAUGCAACGGUCGGUCGUUUCAAGGUGUCGUUUCCUUUUCGGCCAUGCCUCGAAAAGACACAAGCUCUUAUACAACCUUCGAGGUCAUAAUUGUUAAGUAACUGCAUAACUUCCUUGAUCAUACGUUUUCGCAACGUUUCGCGUCGUCCAUCUCAUCGUUCGUCUCAGGAGCAACCCCAGGGAAGGCUUCGCCGUCAUUGAGCCAUGGGAGGCGGAUCGCAGCAGGCAAGGCUGCUGCAGCGCCUCAGCUGCUGCUUGGCCACUCGGGCAGCAGGAGCCUCGCCAGCUGGGCUGCUGGGCUGCACCUCCGCACUCCCAGCACUGCCGUGUUUUGUCGCAAGAAGGCUGCUUUCUAUCUCGGCGCGGGCUAGCCUUCCCAAGCCCUCCCUCCCAUUAGCUAACCGAACUCUUCCCCUGCUGGAGGGCCUUGCCGGCAAUGCAGCCGCUGCGGCAGCCAGCCAGGCUUUCCCAGCAGCUGCCAGCAGCAGUACGUCCCUCGCUCCUGUGCGCUUCAUGGCAACGGCAACCAGUGCCUCCGCCCAGUCCUUCUGGAAUAACUUAACUGUGUUUUUCUUCGCACAAUUGCUGGUGGGCAUGACCGUACUCCUCUUCGGACCGCUUCCCUUGGCCACCAUGGCCCCUGUCGCUGCAGCCCUGCUCUGGUUUGACCGCCAAGCAAAAGGUCUGAUACUGAAAGUGUUCCUCAUCCUCUCCCUUGCUGGGUGGUUUUACGGAAUGUGGUCGAUGCUUGAAGAGGUACCGUACGUCCACCGUACGCACAUGGUUUUGUCACGGGCCUCCAAGCUGACAAAGGACGGCAUGUACGUGCCGGGGAGGUCGGAGGAGGAGUUCUUCGCAGAGGCCAGAACCCUGGCGGGCUGGUGGAACCAGCUGCUUCCCGCCGAUCACCCUGACGUGGUGCGAGUGCGGGGGGUGCUGCAGCGGCUGGCUGCUGCUGCUGCUGCGGGCCGGGGCGGGGGCCAGUACGACCACAUUACACCUGACAUGCCGUGGGCGGUGGCGGUGGUGGCGCCCGUGGUUGGGGCCAGCGAGGAGCAGCGAUAUGAACAGUGGAUGGCCGGGCGCGGCGAGGAGCGCCGGGAGAAGCUCAAGGACGAAAUUGGCGCGGCAGCCUUUGCUUACGUGAUUGCGAACUUGUUCACGUUUGACUACCCGACCUGCGUGUUUGGCCAAGGCGAAAACAAGACGCACGAGGUCCUGCUCAACCAGCACGCCUUGCAGCUGGCGGGGGAGGAUGAGUCACUGCUGGCCGCAGUGCUGGCGCACAGGUUGGCGGAAAAACUGGCACGGCACGAGGCUGAAUUCUUCGUGCUGUACGGACAGCUUGGGGACGCCCUGCUUAUCGGGCAGCAGCCCGAGGAUAUGCUCAUCUGGUUCGUCAGGGAACUCUUUGAGGCCGACCGCAUUGCCGUACAUCUGCUGUCCGAGGCCGGGUACGACCCCGCGGGUAUGGCACGAUGGCUGGAGCGCAUGCAGGAGCAGGAGCAGCGGGAGCAGGAGGAGUCCCGACGCAAGAAUUUGUCACCGCCGAAGAUGCCACCCCUUCAAGAGCUGCGCUUGGAGCGUGUGUGGCGGCUGCUGAGGGCCAUGGACAGGCAACCACGGCUGAACCAGCUCGCAUAACCUGCCUUCAGGCCCACCCAACCUGGAGGCAGCUCUUCCAUGAGCCCCUGUGCAUGGCUUUACGGGAGUGAACAUGGUGUUACUGUCGCACCCCAGGUUGUCAGGUGGCAAGCAUUCGUAACAAGUCGACGGGGGUAGAUCCGUCGUCACACGGUUACCUCGUGCCAGCAGUAUGUGCGUAUGCAUGCUGUUCAUUUUGUGCUUGGUCCCUUGUGAGGAGCUGGAUCGAGGCCACUACAGGGGCUGCACUACUGGAGGCUGGACGAUAUACGCAGCUAGCGUCGUUCGUUGUGGCCGUCUGUGAUUAGCCCCAGCUGUGGGCCAGGGGCAGCAGGGUGGCGGGCGGUGGUGAGGACACUGGUGCUGGUGCUGGUGAUUCUGGUGAUGGUGACACUGAUGAGUGGGAGCGGAUCAGUCGGGUGGGGCGGCAGACUGUGUUGGCGCACGUGGGUUGGCGCGUUGCCGGGAGAGCUUGUAGAAGAGCAUGUGCGUAUUCGUAUGUGUCUCCAAGUGGCCGGAAUCUAUUGCCGCGCGUGUGUAAUUCCACAUGCCGGCUGCUCGUGAGCAGGGGCACCCUAACUUAAAUGCCCUCUCGAGGUUGCAGGGGCGCAGUUGGCUAGCUUGGGAAACUGCAUGGGGCAGCGCGACCGGAGGUAGGCCACCACGUACCAGUGUUGUCUGUGACUCAACGGUAUUGGCGUACUACAGGUGGUGUGCACAAAAUUGAGCGCUAUGGCCAACCAUGCGUAAUCGCACUCGGUUAGUGCCGUGCUAGUCCAAGCGUGAUCUCCUAGGGCUAGGCAGCCAUGCCAACAUGCGGGCCUGCCUGUCGAACCGUAC